UCAAUAAAUUCGCGGUCACACUGGCACAAACAUUUAUGUGGUUUUUUCCACUUUAAAAAAAGCCAUAAUGACCACAAUUGCGGAUCUAUUUACUAAAUAUAAUUGCACCAAUUGCCAGGACGACAUCCAGGGUAUUCGGGUGCAUUGUGCAGAGUGUGAAAACUUCGAUUUAUGUCUGCAAUGCUUCGCGUCUGGUGCAGAGAUCGGGGCCCAUCAGAACAAUCAUGCCUAUCAGUUCAUGGACACGGGCACCUCCAUACUGAGUGUGUUCCGUGGCAAGGGAGCGUGGACGGCCCGCGAGGAGAUUCGUCUGCUGGAUGCCAUCGAGCAGUACGGCUUCGGCAACUGGGAGGACAUCAGCAAACACAUUGAGACCAAGUCGGCGGAAGAUGCCAAAGAGGAGUAUGUAAAUAAAUUCGUCAAUGGCACAAUUGGCCGUGCCACAUGGACGCCGGCCCAGUCCCAGCGUCCGCGUCUCAUCGACCACACGGGCGACGAUGAUGGCGGUUCGCUGGGCGCCAGUGCCAUGGCCAGUCUGCCACCUCUGGAGAUCAACUCCGACGAGGCUAUGCAGCUGGGCUACAUGCCCAACAGGGACAGCUUUGAGCGCGAGUACGAUCCCACAGCCGAGCAGCUGAUCUCCAACAUUACGCUCAGCUCAGAGGACACCGAGGUGGACGUUAUGCUGAAGCUGGCUCACGUGGACAUUUACACGCGACGGCUCCGCGAACGGGCCCGCCGCAAGCGAAUGGUGCGCGACUAUCAGCUGGUCUCAAAUUUCUUCCGCAACCGCAAUUAUGCCUUGCACCAAGGCCUCACCAAGGAGCAGAAGGAGUUUCGGGAUCGGUUUCGCGUCUACGCCCAGUUCUACACCUGCAACGAGUACGAGCGUCUGCUGGCCUCCCUGGAGCGCGAGAAGGAGCUGCGGAUCCGGCAGUCGGAGCUGUAUCGCUAUCGCUACAACGGUCUCACCAAAAUCGAUGAAUGUGUGCACUUCGAGCAGCAUGCGGCAAUGGCAUCGCACCGAUCCACAGGACCCUAUGGUCAUGGCAAGACUGACCUCACGCAGCCCUCCAAUGGAAAUCUUCGGCCGCCAAGCUCUUCCUUGCUCUCCCCACAACCGAAUCUCAGAAAGGCCGAAAUGUCAAGCGGCGCCGAGGCAAGCUCAAGUUCAAUCGCACCAAGAAACACGCACCACACCGUCGACCCGACCUGCUCCGGCGCAUUAUUGCCCAGCAGAAACUACUUGGAUAACUGUCGGGUAUCGUCGGCAGCUACGACGCUGCCGACAACAACAACGGGGGCGGAGAUGGUGUCGGGGACGGGGACGACAUUGGACUCGGGCACAACAGCGAUGACGGGAGCGAUUUCCACGGCUACGACGAUGGCAGCGCAGGCGAAUCUGCCAACGACAUCAGCGAAGGGAAGCCCACAACUUCAGCAGCAGCAGCAUCCACCACUGUCCAAAAACAACCAGCCAAUGCAUCCAAGCGAGGUCGUCGGCAGCAGCGGAAGCCAUAAUACGUCCGAGGAGCAGGCGGUGCCCAGCAUGAGCUUUAAAUUACGCACACAACUGGAGGAGCUUAAACACCUGCCCCAGCCGCUGGGCAGCAACCUGCUUAGCCACAACGAGCAGGAAUUGUGCAAGAAACUCAAUAUCACACCCACCACCUACCUCUCCCUGAAAACGGUCUGUCUGAGUGGAGCGCCAUCGUUGGGCAGCCCCAUGGAAAUCUCACUGCGUAAGUUCUUUAUCAAAUGCGGCUGGCUGAGCCAUUGAAUGUCCCCCCUUUUGCCGCCCCCCGCCCAUCAAUGAUCGGAUGGUAGGUAAAAUGCUAAACACAUUUGCUGACUUAGGGACUUCACUUUUAUUUUGAAAGCGGCGUUUAGUAUGUAUAAAUUAUAAAAGACAACAAUUUUCGACUGUUCAACUUUUGUUGCCAUCAUUUCGAGGUGAAACUACAAAGAAACAAAACAAAAAAAUACAAACAAAUAAAAACUAAAUCCAUUAUGUAUUUAGAUCUCACUUGUAUCAAGUCAGGCUCAGACGUUCAGACACUUUUGUGUCCCCUACCCAUCCCCUUCAUUAAAUUAGCUAAAAUGUUGUUCCUUCGUGUAAGGAGAAAUGGUGUCGUCGUCUCUAGCGUAGGCGCCCGAUCAAGGUUCAGAUCUUUUGUAUUAUCUAUGCGUAAGUAGGCCACAACCCCAACCAAUUGAAUAAUGUAUAAAGAUAAUGAAAUUGUAAAUGAAGAGAAUAAAUCUAUUGCAAAUGUGCAACAAUGAAUUUGUAUGUAUAAUGUAUGUAUAAUAAUCGCAGAGCUCUCAGCUGCCACGGACUGCCUGUCCAUGCUAGGAUCAUUGUAUUUCAUGAGAUAUUGAUAUUCUCCAUGGAUGUCUAUAUAUAGUCGGCCAAAUCGUUAGUGUUAGUCUCGAGCAAUCAGUUUGUUGCGCUGAGUAUUCAUAUUUGUAUCUUACAGAAUGAUAAUAAUGAUGAUGAUAUAUCCUAGCAUAAGCUCGUCCAAUUUAGCACCCUAUCAAAUAACAAUUAUGUGUAACCGUAUACCUACAAAAAUUUAAUAUAU